AACAAUCUCAGAUGGCUUCUGCUGUGAUGCGAUAAACAAGGAUGUUUCAGCUAGUGAAGUUUAACAGCUAGCAGACUAGUUAGCCAAACAGCCAUGCAUUUCCGAGCACAUUCAUCUUACUUCAGUUUUUACACAUAACGCGUCUCACUUUCUUGUGACAAGGUUAUUUGGUGUAUUUAUAACGUUAUUUAAUUACUUGCAGUGAGAAUCCUCAUUUACAGUGAGAUGGCCGAUGAUCUUUUGGGCACAACGCUUGCAUACACAAAAAGCCCCAAGACUUCGAAAAGAACUUCCUUCCAGGAUGAGCUACAAGAUGCUGUCUCUGCCAGAGCCCGUAAGAAUAAAACUAAGGAGAAGUUCUCUUAUGCUGAUGACAAUGAUGAUGUAUUUGAAGAGCUGCUUAAUUUGAAAAAAAGUAAGGCAGGAAAAAAGAAAGCAAUGAUCAAUGACUUCAAGCUGUCCGAUGAUGAGGAUGAUAAAACCGUCAAACCCAAGAAAGUAUCGUUCAUGAAAACAAGAAGGAAAAGCCCUCCCGCAUCAGAUGGUCCUUUAGAUGCUGAGAAGGCUGAGGAGGCUGAAGUCAAAAACACUCUCAACAGCAGUGGGAGUGAACGGUCACAGCUGAAGUCCAGGCUGUCUCCGACCGUGAGCAGGAGUCCGUCAGAAUCGUCAGUGCAUCUACCAACAGAGAGCAGUGAAGACAGGCAGGAAACGGUGACUGACGGACAGAGGCAGGAAACAGCGACUGAAGGAGAGGGACAAGAGGAAGUGACCGCAGUAGAGGAGGGAUUGACAGGAGGAGAGAGGAAACUGCCUGUCCCACAGCCCCGGGAACGCAGUGCUAGGAGGAGCCCUUCACCAGGCAGCGUCGUUGAUGGUGAAUUGCCAAAGCCGAGGCCACGGCGGAGGGUCCUGAAAGAGGGAAGUAACACUGAGGAGGAGAGCGUGACAGGAAGGGAAAGCCAGAGAAGCAGGCCACCCACCUCCUCUGUUUCUAUACACCUGUCCUCCGCAGACGUUGCCAGCAUCACGUCUUCAACCGGGGAAAGAGAGGCUUUCAGGAGCCCUAGUCGUCAAAGUGCUGAGGAGGACCGCUCCCUUUCGUCCAGGUUCAGCCGUUACCCAUCCUCACCUGACGGACAGCUGUCAGAGUCUCUCUGCAGAUCUGCAGAGGGCUUAGAGGAGCGGGGUUUUCCAGAGGAAAUCAAGCAGAGCAGCAUUGAAGAACCUGCUUCCACAUCAUUUGAGGAAUAUCAGGAGACUGACGACCCAGAUGGUGAGACCAGCAGACAGGAGCGUGUGAUAGAAAAGUCAAGUGACAGCAGACUUUCAGUUUCUGCAACCCAAAUUGCAAGGUGCUCAAGCACAAGUGCCAAACCGCACCCUGCAGAGUCUAGGUACCUUGGGGCGUUGAAGGUUUUGGAUCAUAUAAAAGGCCAUAUGGAAUCUCAACCUGAAAUGGCAGACACAGUGCGGGCUCAAGUCUACCAGGAGUGGCUCAGAAACAAAAAUGAAAAAUUAAAAGAUGCCAUGAUAGUCAAGAAGAAGCAAGAGAAAAUGGUAGAGGAGAAGAAACAGGAGGAACUUGAGAGAAAAGAGCACGCCAAGGCCUCCUUUGUAGCUUGGAAUGAGAAGAAGACUGAAGUAUUAAAAGCAAAAAUCAAAGAAAAGCAGGAAGUGGUCAAGAAGCAACAAGAGGAAGUAGAUGAAAAACUAAAGAAGAAGGAAACAGCCCAGCAGGUUUUUGAAGGAUGGAAGAAAACGCAAGAUGAGUAUCUUAAAGAGAGACAAAGAAAACAAAAACUGGCAGAACACAAACUGCAGCAGAAAAAAGAGAGGGAGGCUGAGGAGAGAAAAAAAGACUGCAGUAGCUCUUUUUCAAAAUGGAGAGAAACAAAGGAGGAGGCCAUCCAAGAGAAAUUAAGGAAGGCACGCAGAGAGGAAAAGAUCAAAGAAGAGGAGGAGAAAUAUAUGAAAGAAGAAAAGGGUAAAAUGGCUUUAGAGAUGUAUGAAAAAUGGCUGAUAAGGAAAGAGCGGCAGGAAAGACGGGAAAGGAAACAAAGACGCAUACAAGCAAUUCUUCAAGACGAACCCCCUCCCCCCUGGAGCCCCCCCAACAAAACUGUGCCCUUUGGAAGAUAGUCAAAGCUACAGUAUUUCUCAUCUUAGUCACAUAUUUAUUUUUCAGCUUCAAGAUCAAUAUUCAUAGCAACUGAAACUAACUGUAAUUUUAAA